CUACGACUUUAGUUCAGACAUUGCCAGAGACGAGCAGGAGAAAUUGGUCAGUCAUCUUAAUAAAUCUGUUUUAGAACCUACCUUACACAUGGAAGGACAGGAAUAUCGUAAAAGGGCCAAAGACGAUGCUGAAGUCACUGCGCAGAACGAAAUGUAUGCAAAAGAAGUCAGAAAAGCAACAGCUAUGAAAUCUUUGCCAUCUCUCUUUUCUCUGUUUAAAAAGCUCUACCUCCAGGAAAACUUGAACUGGUCCGAAUUUCAGCUUGUAGAUAAACUAAGUAACUAUUUGGAUAAAUGUGUUGAGAUCACAUGGUUAAUGAGUGUUUAUGAUCCGCCUCUGAGAUUUGUGUUAGCCAGACGUGAUGAGCAAAUAGACAUGAGCAAAUUUAUGUAUUUCCGGGUAAAAGGCAAGGUGACAGAUUACACAAUUUGGCCGGCACUGGUGUUAUAUCAUGGUGGCCCAGUAAUACGACAUGGUCAUGUUGUUCCGAAACGUCAUACCAAAUAAAGUUCAGCUAAAAUACAGGGAACGUUGAAAGUGCAAUAUAGAUUUUUACUUGGCUUCAAUUAUUUAAUGUCUUAUCACAAUAAAAAUGUAAUAUAAAUGUUAGAAUGAUACAAAAAGAUAUGCACUUCAA